AUGAUUCAUGAACAAUAUCCAUUUCAGCGAUGGUCAUCUUUUUCAGGGACAACUUUUCAUGACGUGCUGAAGAAGAGCAGGAGUUCCUCAAAUCUGACAGUGAAGAGGUCUCCUGAGAAAAAGUCAGUGAAGCAUAGUGUGAAGAAUCGAUUAGGUGCGUCUGACAGGGAGCCCCAGCAGGCGGAGCCAGCGAAAGUGAGCAUCAAGGACAGACUUGGUGGACAGGGACCUGGCAAAGAUGAUUCACCUCCUAGAACAAAUGUCCGAAGUCGACUUGGGUUGAAUGCUCCAGCUGCAAACCUUGGAGCAAAGUCAUUGACUGAUUUACGUACACAGAAACUACAGAUACUCCAACAGUUAGCUGAAGUUUCUACAGAGCCUGAUGAUGAAGAAGAUUGUACAUCUGACAUCAAGGUCAAGUCACUCGAGGAAAUAAAGGCAGAAAAGGCCUGUAAGGCUUUGAACACAAGAGGGUCUGCUUCUGGUGAGAGAGGUUUAAAGAAGACUUUCAAAUCUGUGCCUCCACCAGCUAAACCAGCACCAAAGAGAAAGUUAAUCAUAUACUCUGAUGAAUUGUUUGAUGAGCAUGAAAAGGAAACCCCUGUGGUGGCAGAACCAGUGGCAGAGUUGAAGGUGAAAACAUUAGCUGACAUUAAGGCAGAGAAGGCAAAGAAACAACCGUCAAUCAAGAAGGAACGUCAGAUAUACAUGCCUCCUGCCAUGAAAAACACUGUUAAGUCUCUACCAGUGAAACAACGUUUAUCAGAUAUUCCAAAGCCUGUAGCAAAAGAAAAAACAAUUUCAGAGGGAAAACCGACUGGCGAUGUAAAGGUGAAGACCUUCUCAGAAAUAAUGGCAGAAAAACGGCGCAGACAAAAGGAACUGCAAGCAAAGUUUGAAAAAGAAUACAAGCCUGAAAGUCCAAAGCCCAAAGUGUCUAUUACACCUGUUGUGUUCGACAUUGACCAAAAAGAUAAAACGCAAAUUGAAAAUACAGUUUGUGUGAACCCAAAUGCCAAACAAUCUGUCAAACAAACUCUUUCUGUGAUGCCAGUGAAAAACAGUACCGCACGAUCAAAAGAGAAUGUGUCAGUGAAAAAUGUUAAUGACAAUAGCAGUGAACAGAGGAGUGCUGGCAAUGGACGACUGUUUGAAGGCCAUGUGUUGAGUUAUAAUGUGUGUGACAAAGUGAAGGACAAUGAGAUGAGUGUAUCCAGUCAGCAGAACAAAAGUGAAGAGUCAGCUCCAGAUGUCUCCCCUCCAAAGAGAAGAACAUCCAGUCAGGGGUCUGAAUUGCCUACGAAGAAGAAAUCAAGGCAGUCUCUCAACCUCACUGAAGAUGAUGAUGAUGACUUUUUCUUUGGUGAAGACUUGGAUGAAUUUGAUGAUGGAGGGAAGUUAGAUGAGGGAGACAUACUGCAAGACAUUGAUGAUCUGUUGGCAUAGUUUGCUUGUCUGUGUGAAUGAUGGCCAUCUUCCUUGGAAAUAACUUUAGAGCAGGAUCUGAGUUAGUGUGAAAAAAGCAAUGAAUGUUUGUUGAAAAAACUGUAGUUUGUGACAGUAAAUCAUUACCAGAUUACCUGUUAUUUAGGAAGGAUUCUUAGUAGUUACAGGGUCCAAAGUGAAGAUCAUUUUACUGUUAAUAAGUUUGCAGAUAGUUUUAAUGGGGUUUCUUCCAUACGAUUUUUACACCCAAGUUGUGGUUUUAUUUUGCCUCACUAAGUCAGUCCUCAUGUUCAUUGUUACCACUGACAUAAUAUUCAUAAGUUCAAAGUCACUGCCAGUGAAACUUUCAGUUUUGUUCGAUCAUGUUUCAUAGGGAUAGACAUUGGAAGUUUAAAGGAUUGCUAAAUAUUUCGUGGAGGUCAAAGCUGUAUUGCAAUAUGUAUCAUAAUAUAUUAUGCAAUUAUAAUUUUUUAAUUCAAAAGCAAUUUGAACUCCAAUGUAUUCUUACAUGUUCUUUUGCAUAAUUAUAUAGAUAUCUUAUUGCAACAGUGAGGAGCUUGACAGUAUAUCUUUCUAAAUCUGAGGGACUCUAUUCCAGGUCUCCAUAGGGCUUUGAUGAAUGUACGUAGAGCUGUACAACCAGUGUUAAAAAGGAAAAAGGGAUAUAUGUGCCAACAGAAAGUUUUUCUUGUUGUAGGAUAUUUUCUUAAAAGUAAGUUAACCAUAUAUGCUAACUGAAUAAGUAAAAGGAGAAAAACAAACAGAACUUGUUGAAUGGACUGUUUAACAUGUGAUUUAUUAUCAAAAGUGACUGGCCUGUGGCAGAGGUACAAGGCUGGCUGCAAGGAACUCCUGUGUAGGAGAGUGUCCCAGAUGCUGGUAGUGGUAGUGUACGAAUAAUGUGAAUUCACAUAAGGAAGGAGGCCAAAAAUAUAUUUUGAAAUUACUGAGGGACAACUGUCUGUACUUUGACAUUUUAUUGCUGUCUUAAAAAAGAAGUAAGAUCUCAUUGAGUACAUGUAUGUAUAUAUAGAUAUAUAAUUUGAUUUUGCUUGUACUCAGACCCAGUUUAUUGCCAAAGUCUGAUGUGCAGUAUUAAUACAUGGGAGAAACUGUUUCACACACAAAGUUACUGUUAAGUUUCAAUUACUAGUAGUUAUAUUUGUGAAGAGAAGAAUGUCCUGACCCCAUCUCAUCUUCUGUUGGCGCCAAUUCAUGCAUAAGAAGGUUUUAUGGCUUCUUUGUUAACUGUACGUUUAUUCACAGUGCAAUGUCUUUGGUAUAUUUUGUUUAACGCAGUAUUACCCUGUAAGUGCUAUUUUGUCAUAUAUGUGUAUUUGUGGACCAAUAUAUUUUGAGGAAGAAUUCAGAUUUGGAAAUGAAUGCCUGGAAUGGUAUUCUAAGUAUGAAAGAUUUUAUGAUUGAAAAUAUGUGACAUGUACAUAUUGAAAUAAAAUAUUUGUAUAAGGUCA